AUGGAUGAAGCCAACACUCAUAUCAUGGAACUUAAACUUGGACAAGAACGGAUUCAAGAUGAUGUGGCAUCUCUCCGUGAUGAUGUGAAAUCCGACUUUAACAAUAUGUAUCUGCGCCAAGACAAGCUUCUUCACUCUUUUCAAACUCUUGCUCUCAAUCUUGGACAUCUUGCUCUUGAUACACCAGGAGCAACUCCACAAGGAGUUCCACCAUCGUUCGUCGGUGCAUCCAGCUCUAUUUCACCUCUUCCACCCUUUGAUCCUCCGAGCAGUAUCAGACAGAAGAAGAUAGUAGCCAACUUGCUGGCCAUCAAACAGCAAAAGGAUGAGUUAAUCCGAGAUUUUAUCUCCAGGUUUAACAGGGAGUCGCUCGACAUACCCGAUCUGGAUGACUCGGUGGUGUUCAACGCACUGCAAAGUGGGAUAACCGACAUUGAGCUUAUCAAAUCCCUUAUAUUGAACAAGGCACAUAAUAUGACCAAACUGAUCAGUCAAUGUCAUCAAUUUGCCAACAUGGCAGAGAUCAUCGCAGCUCGAAACGAGGCAAGUGGAGUUCUAAAAAAGAAGCAGAUAGCAGAAAAAGAGAAGGAAGAGAAGAAGGUGGAGAAAAAAGAUGACAAGAAGCCCCGAACCGACAGGGUGCCUAGCCCCGAGUACACCCCGCUCAAUAUAAGGAGAUCUGAGAUACUGAUGCAGAUAGAAGGAAAGGGACUGUUGAACUGGCCUGGACCUAUGUUCUCAAAGCCCGAGGAUAGAAACCCUCGAAAAUACUACCGUUUUCACAGAGAUACAAGGCAUGACACGGAAGAUUGCAAGCAGUUAAAAAGAGAAAUAGAGAACCUCAUUUGGGAUGGGCAUUGGGCAUUUAUCCAAAUAUGUGGAUAG